GGAGGGAUUUGUAAAAGAACACGGGUUCUAUCGUCUAUGUAAAGAAAUUAUCACGAACAACAAACUAGACCUAAUUAUUUUAGUAGUUGCAGUUAAUCGAACUAUUCGAGUCUUUAAUAUUAAUAAAUAUAUGACUUUAUAAUUUAUUGUGCAGUUGUUUAUUUCCUCCUCUGGCGUUUCCUUGGAGUUUGCCAGAAGAUUGAGGACUAAUGGCUGAAGUGGAGGUUCACCUGCACCACGUUUUCGGUCUGCGAGCUGCGGUGAAGAAUAACUUGUUCUUCCUUGACGAACAGACGGUGGUGUUUCCGUGCGGCAACAACUGCGCGCGCUACAACCUGCACCAACGAUCCUACAAGUUCAUUGCAGGAACGGAGAGGAGCCGGGGCAUGCAGGCCCUCGCCAUCAGCCCCAACUGGAGAUAUCUGGCCGUGUCAGAGCGUGGUGAGAGAGGGACCAUCACCAUCUACGACCUUCAGCACGAACAGAGCCGUAAGAGGAAGGUGCUGACCGGCGGCGACACCAGUGUGCAGGAGUUUGUGUCUAUUACUUUCUCUCCAGACACAAAGUACCUGCUGGGCCAGGGUGGUGGACCCGAGUGGACCCUCAUAUACUGGCUGUGGGAAAAGAAUAAAGUCAUAGCUACAGUGAAGAGCACAAACCUUGGCCCUGUCCAUCAGGUCAGCUUUAACCCACUGGACAGUACACAGGUCUGCGUCAGUGGGAAUGGCGUGUUCAAGCUUUUCCGCUACGUUGACGGUGCUCUGAAACAGACCAACUCUGCAAAGCUGGAGACUCAGAACAUCCUGUCUCAUGCGUGGAUGUCUGAGGAGCGCAUCAUCGCUGGAACGGAGACAGGACGACUGCUGGUGUUCGAGUCAGGAGACCUGCGCUGGGAGAUGAGCAUGACCAACAAGAUAGCUGAACAGGAGAAAAAGAGACAGACGGAGGACGAGACCCAAUCAGCUCCAGCCUCGAUGCCACGAGUGACUGUCAUCAAGGCUUAUUCUAAAGGUUUUGCAUGUUCAGCUGGUCCAGGAACUGUGUAUCUGUUUGAGAAAACAGAGGAGAAGGAAAGCUACAGACAAAUCAGGGAAAUAAGGAUACCUCCGGACCCGUGCAGCAAUGAGCCAGGUCAGUUGGAGCAGCAGGAGAUCACCUGCAUGUGUAUCAGCCCAUCAGAGGAGACUCUGGCCACCACCACAGACCGGGGUCAGAUCUACCUCAUUGCUCUCGCCUCGGCUGAGAUGAGCAAGGGCAUGCAGGCUCACUUUGAGUUUCUUUCCCAUUCUUUUCACUCGGACAUCAUCACUGGACUGUCCGUCUGCGUCCGCAAACCGCUCAUCGCUACCUGCUCCAUGGACCACUCCAUACGCAUCUGGAAUUACGAGACCGGUGCUCUGGAGCUGUAUAAGGAGUUUCAGGAGGAGUUACACAGUGUGGCCCUGCAUCCGUCCGGCCUCUUCAUCCUGACCGGCUUCUCUGACAAACUCCGCCUCAUGAACCUGCUCAUCGACGACAUCCGCACCUUCAAGGAGUUCACCGUACGCAGCUGCCGAGAGUGUGUGUUCAGUCACGGAGGUCACAUGUUCGCUGCUGUUAACGGUAACGUGAUUCAUCUCUACUCCACCACAACCUUCGACAACAUCCUGAAUCUGAAAGGUCACAGUGGCAAGGUGCGGUCAGUGGUGUGGAGUGCUGAUGACAGUCGUGUGGUGUCGUGUGGGAUGGACGGAGCCGUGUACGAGUGGAAUGCCCUGAGCGGCCAGCGCGAGUCCGAGAGCGUGUUGAAGUCGUGCAGCUACACCAGCGUGGCACUCUCGCACGACACCAGGAGCAUCCUCGCUGUGGGCAACGACUGCACACUGAAGGAGAUCCAGGACUGCCAGGUCCUGAGGGAAGUCUCCUCAGAUGAUGUGAUCUACACAGCCAUCAUCAUGACUCGCUCAGGCCGAGCACUCUUCACCGGGACCUCCAGCGGCACCAUAAGGGCCAUCAAGUACCCUUUACUUAUGCAGAAAGACUGGACUGAGUACCAGGCCCAUUCUGCUCCCAUCACUAAAAUGGUGAUCACGAUCGAUGAUCAGUACCUCGUGAGCGCUUCAGAAGAUGGCUGUCUCUUCAUCUGGAAAAUCUCUGAGCAGGAAGGACGAGUGCUGAAGAGGGACAGAGAGAUCUGCUAUGCUGAGGAGAUUCUCAUCACCAGGUCUGAUCUGGAGGAAAAGAACCAAGUCAUGCUGGAGCUUAAGAGCCGGGUGGAAGAGCUGCAGAUGGAGAACGAGUACCAGCUGCGUCUUAAAGAAAUGAACUACAACGAGAAGAUCAAGGAGCUCACUGAGAAGUUCAUCCAGCAGAUAGAGUCGCUUACCAACCAAAACCAGGUGCUGAAAUCAGAGAAGGAGAAGCAGGAGAUCACACAGCAGGGGGAGCUAAAGGACAUUACAGAGAGAAAUACUAAAGAGCUGCAGGAUCUGGAAUCCACCAACAACCAAAAGCUGUUGCUGGAGUAUGAGAAGCACCAGGAGAUGCAGCUGAAAUUGCGUAAGGUGCAGGAGAGCUAUGAGGAGAAGCUGCAGGAUCUGGAGGAAGGGCAUGUACGUGCCCUGGAGGACAUGAUGCAGUUCUACGAGGCCAAGCUGCAGGAGAAGGUGCUCGAGCUGGGCCAGUGUCAGGACGAGUCUCAGCAGCAGCUGCGAGAGUUUGAGGAAAUAAAAAAGCAGAUAGAGGAGGAUGCUGAUCUCGAGCUCCAUGACAUCCGAGCCAAAUACGAACGCAAGCUCUGGGAAGAAAAGGAGACCAACUUGAAGCUCAACGGAGAGACGAGAGUCAUGAAGAAGAAGUUCACCAGCCUGCAGAAGGAGAUUGACGACCGCAACCUGGACAUUGAGAAGCUGAAGGUGGAGCAGCAGAAGCUGCAUGGGGUCAUCAAGGCUCUGGAGAAGGACAUCAUAGGACUGAAGAGGGAGACCCAGGAGAGAGAUGAGACCAUCCAAGACAAGGAAAACCGCAUCCACGAUCUUAAGAAGAAGAACGAGGAGCUGGAGAAGUUCAAAUUCGUGCUGGAUUAUAAGGUGAAUGAGCUGAAGAAGCAAAUCGAGCCACGAGAGAAUGAAGUCAAGGAGAUGAAGGAGCAGGUCCAUGAGAUGGAGGCUGAACUGGAGCAGUUCCGUAAGAAGAGCACUCAGCUGGAGCUCACCAUCUCCCAGCUGAAGCUGAAGCUCAAAGCCACGGAUAAGGAGAGGCAGAAAGAGACGCAGAGGGUCCAUGACGCAGAAGCUGUCCUGCACAGGCUGAAGACCGAUCUUCACAACUGUGUGGCCUUCAUCCAGGAGCCGAGGAAGCUGAAGGAGAGCAUUCGAGAGAUUUAUGAACGUCAUGUCCAUCAGUCAGAUGUGGUGGAGAUAGCGGGAGUGGAUGCUGAUGUUCAGCGUGAGCACAGCAGGCAGCGGGAGCACAUGGAGAGGAACAUGGAAGCACUCAGAAGGAGACUAGCAAAGGACAUCAAAGUGCCUGAAGCAAAGAACAUCAAACUCAUGAAGGAGAACGUCUCUCUUAUCAAAGAGAUUAAUGACUUGAGGAUGGAGAUGAGGCUGAUGCGAGUGCAGAUCCACGACUACGAAACCCAGAGCAGCUUCAAUAAGAACAAGUCCAAGAGUGCAAUGUCCAUCAAACCUUCGUCCUCGGCGGCGUCACGGCUGAACUUCGAGGGCGAGGCCGAGCGCAUCAUCCAGCAGCAGCGCCUCGAGAUCCAGCGGCUGAGGCAGGAAAUAUUCGCUCAAGGUCAAGAUGAAGGACAGGAUCAAAGCCUCGUCCUGCCGAGUCUGUCGAGCAACAUCAAACUACCGGCCCUCACCACAUAAACACUCAUUACACCACAUACACACUCAUCACACACUCAUUACACCACAUACACACUCAUCACACACUCAUUACACCACAUACACACUCAUCACACACU